CUCCCUCGCGCCGUUGUUGGGGCUGCGUUCCGCGUCAUCGCGCGGACACUCCCGGUGACAGCGUUCGGCUUGGCCCCCGGGUGGAAGAUGCAGCGAAUUCCCGGGGACGUGAAGAGCCUCGUUACAGAUGUUGAAAUAUUUAUACUUGAAAUAUUAAAGGAAGAGAACCUGACUAAGAAGGCAAAAGAAAAGAAAGAUGCAUUAUUGAGAAAACUUAACAGUAUUAAAACAAGCUAUCCUCAGGAGUUCCAGGCGAAAGGAGGAUCGGAUGAUUCUGACAGCUGUGAAGAACCUGUGGAAGAUAGUAUUUCACUAGCAUCUGAACGUUGUGAUAAUCAUGAAGAAUCUGCAGCUGAUGUUCAGCGAUCCCCUCCAAUACCUGCCCAGGAACUAACUCAAAUUCUGAAAGCUGGAUAUUUGGAAAAACGCCGAAAAGAUCACAGCUUCUUUGGAUCUGAAUGGCAAAAACGUUGGUGUGUACUUAACAACAAUGUCUUCUAUUACUAUGGAACAGAAAAAGAUAAACAGCAAAAAGGUGAUUUUGUCAUAGAUGGCUACACAGUCCAGCUGACAACUACCAUCAGAAAAGAUGCAAAGAAGGAUUGCUGUUUUGAACUCUCUGCUCCUAAUAAACGACUGUAUCAGUUUGCUGCAGCUUCUUCAAAUGAGGCAGAAGAAUGGGUUGAGCAGCUUCAAUUUGUAUUAAAAGACAGAGAAUCUGCAAUGAUCCCAGAAGAUGAUGAAGAAAUGUAUGAUGAUAUAGAUCCAGAAAUUAAAGAUGAUAAUUUCAACCAAGUGCCAAUAGAUGAUGACAUUUAUGAAGAGCUUCCAGAAGAAGAGAAUGAUUUCCAACAACCUCUAUCACGAUUUGAUGAAACUGAAAAGAAGCAGCAACAGAGUGGUGGGAGUAAAACAGCUAUUAAAAAAACUGAAAAAGACAAAGCCACUGACUACGCCAAUUACUACCAAGGAUUGUGGGAUUGCUCAGGAGAUCAGUCUGAUGAACUGUCUUUUAAACGUGGUGAUGUCAUUUAUAUUCUUAACAAGGAAUAUAAUUCACAUGGGUGGUGGAUAGGACAAAUGAAGGAUAAUAUUGGCUUGGUGCCCAAAGACUACCUAAUGGAGAUGUAUGACAUUUGAGAAGGUCUGGGCAAACAUCUACCUACAUUGAUGCUCUAUUAUACAUGAAGGGAUUUUAAAAACUGGAUUGAAGGCCUUGCAAAGCUUGUCUGUCCUUAGCCAGGAGAGGGAGUUCUCACCCACUCUAUGGCACUAGCUGUUUCCCAAUUUAUUUUAUCAUAAAGAUAACAUCAUCUUAUUAACAAUAUAAUCUAUCCUCUUGCCACAGAUGUGAAAAUCAAGAAGCAGCUAAGUGUUUAAUUAAAUUAUUUCCUCAUUAUUGUAAUUAUCUUUCUUCAUUUCAUUGAUGUAUUAUUUCUGUUUUUCAGUGCUUCUGCAUCACUAAGAACUCUAGUUGCUUGAGUCUUUACACUGGCUUUGUGUAACAUCUUUACUGAAUAUUUAGCCAGUAUAUUUUCAUUGCUUCUAAGCCUUGCUAUUACAAGUUAAUUAAUUGUAAACAAACUCAAAAUGGAAAAUGAGGGCGAUAUUCCUCUGCUCCCUCUCUUGUCCCGUGUGUGCCUUCAAGUAACUGUAAGCACUGUUUUCUGUCUUGUCUGUUUCACUUUAUUGAAUCUUGUUCUAAUGUUCCAGUCUGCAAAUUUUAAGGUUCAAAUAAAGUUUAAUUGUGUGCAAACUGUUGUUAUGCUAAUAAUUUAAAUGCCUGCUGUGUAACUAAUGAAAUUACUGUGUUAUGAUUAAUUUGGAAACUGGUAUGUUGAUUGUAGUAAUUGAACACAACAAGGUGAAGUAAAUGAUUAUGAUGCCAUAUGCCCUGUUAAUCUCAUAUUUAAAGAGGUUGAACUUUUUCUUGCAGAGUUUAUUUUUAAAUGUUGUGCUUUUCUAAAAGCAAAUGUUGUUUUGGCAAGUUAUAAUUUAUUCAAAAAAAUCAGCAGAAUUUUACUGCCAGCAUAAUUGGGCUGAAAAUCUCUUUCAACUUCUACCAUAAAUGUUAAAUGUAGAAUGUGAAGAAACAACUUACACUGCUGUUCCUUAGCAUUAUGACUAGCUCAUAUAUAAUAAAGCAGUUUUGAAAUGUUUCUUUUGUUCAUAUAUGAAACUCUUUGAGUCAUGAGACCUUGCUCUAUGAAACAAUUCUACUUGUAUGAUUUUACCAUUUUCUAAAAGAAGAAUUUUCUCAAAAAUUAUUAUUGCAUUAGUAAAUGUGAUUAGUAUAUGUAACUGCAGAGCAUUAUGAGCAGCUCAAAAGCAGCUGAUACUAUUUAUGUGCAAGAACUUUUAUUUCAGUUGGAAUCUCUCCCAGUUGUUCUAAUAGUUAAGCUUUCUUAGAUUUCUAAAUUUUGUGUGAAAUGUACAUAGGAAAAUGUAUUGUACUGUUGAAAACCAGGGUGCAAAUGUUAUGAACGAUUCAUAAGUAAAGCUAUAUCGAAAUCUGUAUUCAUUUUGCAGACACAUUGGGCUGAAUUUAAUGGUCACAGUGUUGGCCUUUUCCACCAGCAGAUAGUUGAUGAAAACAUGACUGCAACGCAUUUUCAGAGCCCCAGUGUGGUUAAAUGUCAGUGAGGGAGCGAUUAACUCUUUGCCAUCAAUGUUCCCAGGCUUUCCAGAAUUGUCAACCAAUGAGAGGCUUGGAAGACUGUCAGUCCCCGCAAUGGUCAGUAUUGUUCCCACAGGAGCAGUCAUGAAGGAGAUGUCGCAAGAGAAGCAAAUAGGUCAACUAGCAGAGAGUGAUUAAGCUGGUUACAAAAGGGGGGUGGAUGGGAUAGUUAGUUUCGAAGAUGGUGGUGAUUACUUCAGCAAGGAGUGGCCCUUAUAGCAGAGUGUUCAUUUGUUCGGCACCAGGUGCCAAUCAAGGAGGAACCAGCUCAGUCUGUAGAGAAACUUUGUCAGGUGAGCAGUAGAAUAUCAGUGACAGAUGGAUAAGAUGCUUAAGAGGCCACAGGCUUCCAUUAGCCUCUGAGCAAGAAGGCUGUACUCCAUUUCCCACUGCAUUCAUGCCUAUUUUCCGUCCACCACCCAACCUGCUCCAAGGGUGAAUUAAAUUCUGAUCAUUUUCUUCAACGGUCACGUCCGGCAUUACUGAAUAGAUUCCACAACGGAGAGGGGAAAAAGGUGCCAGGCUUAAUCCAUUUGCCUGGAUGACUGCAGCUCCAACAACACUCAAGAACCAGCCACCCUCUGGACGCAGCAGCCUUCUUUAUUGAUAUCCCAUCCACUGCCUCUUUUCAUUGCCACUACUCCGUGCUAAGACUGUGUGGAUCAUGUAGAAGAUGAAUGGCAGCAAUUCACCAAGUUUCUUGCUGCAACAGCCUCCAAAUCCCUGACCUCUUCCAUCUAGAAGAACCAAUACCGCAGAUGCAAGUCAACCCUAUUUCUUGCAAAGUUCCUGUCCAAGCCACAUACUUUCCUGACUUUCAACCCACUAUAGCUGUGUUUAAAACUUAAAGCUCCUUUCCUUAACAGCGCUAUGUGUAUAGCUGUACCACAUUGACUGCAGUGGUUCAAGAAGGCAACUCACCACUUUCUUGAUGUUAAUUAUGGAUCAAGGCCUUGCCUUCAAUAUUUGAAUUCCUUGAAUGAAUAAAGAAAAAAAAAAUUCAUUGUCUUCCUUAUUGUAUGUAUAACUAAAAGGUAGGUAGAAACUUUUUUUUUCACAAAUCACAUACCA